AGAAAGGAAGCCUCAGCAGACGGAUACAGGCUCAGCCAUGGCGGAUGCAGAGAUGGCUGCUUUUGGGGCCGCAGCCCCCUUCCUGCGAAAGUCUGAGAAGGAGAGACUGGAGGCACAGACCAGGCCCUUUGACCUCAAGAAAGAUGUUUUUGUGCCUGAUGACAAAGAAGAGUUUGUCAAGGCCAAGAUUGUGUCUCGAGAGGGUGGCAAAGUCACCGCUGAGACAGAGAAUGGCAAGACGGUGACCGUGAAGGAGGACCAGGUGAUGCAGCAGAACCCACCCAAGUUCGACAAGAUCGAGGACAUGGCCAUGCUGACCCUCAUCCCAUUGCCUCUCCUCUUCUCUCUUCCAGAUCGGGAGAACCAGUCCAUCCUCAUCACCGGAGAAUCCGGAGCUGGGAAGACUGUCAACACUAAGAGGGUCAUCCAAUAUUUUGCUGUUAUUGCUGCCAUUGGGGACCGCAGCAAGAAGGACCAGACCCCAGGCAAGGGCACCCUGGAAGAUCAAAUCAUCCAAGCCAACCCUGCUCUGGAGGCCUUUGGCAAUGCCAAGACAGUUCGGAAUGAUAACUCCUCUCGAUUUGGAAAAUUCAUUCGAAUCCAUUUUGGGGCAACAGGAAAGUUGGCAUCUGCAGACAUAGAGACCUACCUUCUGGAAAAAUCCAGAGUUAUUUUCCAGCUGAAAGCAGAAAGAGAUUAUCACAUUUUCUACCAAAUCCUGUCUAAUAAAAAGCCUGAGCUUCUAGACAUGCUGCUGAUCACCAACAACCCCUACGAUUAUGCAUUCAUCUCCCAAGGAGAGACAACUGUGGCCUCAAUUGAUGACUCUGAAGAGCUCAUGGCCACGGAUAGCGCCUUUGAUGUGCUGGGCUUCACUCCAGAAGAGAAGAACUCCAUUUACAAGCUGACAGGUGCCAUCAUGCACUUUGGAAACAUGAAGUUCAAACAGAAGCAGAGGGAGGAACAGGCGGAGCCAGAUGGCACUGAAGAGGCUGACAAAUCUGCCUACCUCAUGGGGCUGAACUCAGCUGACCUGCUUAAGGGACUGUGCCACCCUAGAGUCAAAGUGGGCAACGAGUAUGUCACCAAAGGGCAGAAUGUCCAGCAGGUGUCAUAUGCCAUUGGGGCACUGGCCAAGUCAGUGUACGAGAAGAUGUUCAACUGGAUGGUGACACGCAUCAACGCAACCCUGGAGACCAAGCAGCCACGCCAGUACUUCAUAGGUGUCCUGGACAUCGCUGGCUUUGAGAUCUUCGAUUUCAACAGCUUUGAGCAGCUGUGCAUCAACUUCACCAAUGAGAAGCUGCAACAGUUCUUCAACCACCACAUGUUUGUGCUGGAGCAGGAAGAGUACAAGAAGGAAGGCAUCGAGUGGACCUUCAUCGACUUUGGCAUGGACCUGCAGGCCUGCAUUGACCUCAUUGAGAAGCCCAUGGGCAUCAUGUCCAUCCUGGAAGAGGAGUGCAUGUUCCCCAAGGCCACAGACAUGACCUUCAAGGCCAAGCUGUAUGACAACCACCUGGGCAAGUCCAACAACUUCCAGAAUCUGCUGGGUCUGCUGGAGGAGAUGCGGGAUGAGAGGCUGAGCCGCAUCAUCACCAGAAUCCAGGCCCAAUCCCGAGGUGUGCUUUCCAGAAUGGAGUUCAAGAAGCUGCUGGAGCGCAGAGACUCCCUGCUGAUUAUCCAGUGGAACAUUCGAGCCUUCAUGGGGGUCAAGAAUUGGCCAUGGAUGAAGCUCUACUUCAAGAUCAAGCCGCUGCUGAAGAGCGCAGAGACAGAGAAGGAGAUGGCUAACAUGAAGGAGGAGUUUGGGCGGGUCAAAGAUGCACUAGAGAAGUCUGAGGCUCGCCGCAAGGAGCUGGAGGAGAAGAUGGUGUCCCUGCUGCAGGAGAAGAAUGACCUGCAGCUCCAAGUGCAGGCGGAACAAGACAACCUAGCGGAUGCAGAGGAGCGCUGUGACCAACUGAUCAAGAACAAGAUCCAGCUGGAGGCCAAGGUGAAGGAAAUGACGGAGAGGCUGGAGGAUGAGGAGGAGAUGAACGCUGAGCUCACUGCCAAGAAGCGCAAGCUGGAAGAUGAGUGCUCGGAGCUCAAGAGGGAUAUUGAUGACCUGGAGCUGACUCUGGCCAAGGUGGAGAAGGAAAAGCAUGCAACAGAGAACAAGGUGAAAAACCUGACAGAGGAGAUGGCUGGUUUGGAUGAGAUCAUUGUCAAGCUGACAAAGGAGAAGAAAGCUCUGCAAGAGGCUCACCAGCAGGCUCUGGAUGACCUGCAGGCUGAGGAAGACAAGGUCAAUACUCUAACCAAGGCCAAGGUCAAGCUGGAACAGCAGGUGGAUGAUCUGGAAGGAUCCCUGGAGCAGGAGAAGAAGGUGCGCAUGGACCUGGAGCGAGCAAAGAGGAAGCUGGAGGGUGACCUGAAGCUGACGCAGGAGAGCAUCAUGGAUCUGGAGAACGACAAGCAGCAGUUGGAUGAACGACUCAAAAAGAAGGACUUUGAGUUAAAUGCACUCAAUGCCAGGAUUGAGGAUGAGCAGGCCCUGGGCAGCCAGCUGCAGAAGAAGCUCAAAGAGCUUCAGGCACGCAUCGAGGAGCUGGAGGAGGAGCUGGAGGCCGAGCGCACAGCCAGGGCCAAGGUGGAGAAGCUGCGCUCUGACCUGUCCCGGGAGCUGGAGGAGAUCAGUGAGAGGCUGGAGGAGGCCGGUGGGGCUACAUCCGUGCAGAUAGAGAUGAACAAGAAGCGCGAGGCUGAGUUCCAGAAGAUGCGACGGGACCUGGAGGAGGCCACGCUGCAGCACGAAGCCACGGCCGCUGCCCUGCGCAAGAAGCAUGCGGACAGUGUGGCUGAGCUGGGCGAGCAGAUAGACAACCUACAGCGGGUGAAGCAGAAGCUGGAGAAAGAGAAGAGUGAGUUCAAGCUGGAGCUGGAUGAUGUCACCUCCAACAUGGAGCAGAUCAUCAAGGCCAAGGCUAACCUGGAGAAGAUGUGCCGGACCUUGGAAGACCAGAUGAAUGAGCACCGGAGCAAGGCUGAGGAGACACAGCGUUCUGUCAAUGACCUCACCAGCCAGCGGGCCAAGCUGCAGACAGAGAACGGGGAGCUGUCCCGGCAGCUGGACGAGAAGGAGGCUCUGAUCUCUCAGCUGACCCGAGGCAAGCUCACGUAUACACAGCAGCUGGAGGACCUCAAGAGGCAACUGGAGGAGGAGGUCAAGGCCAAGAACGCUCUGGCCCAUGCACUGCAGUCAGCCAGGCAUGAUUGUGACCUGCUGCGGGAACAGUAUGAGGAGGAGACAGAGGCCAAGGCCGAGCUACAGCGUGUCCUGUCCAAAGCCAACUCAGAGGUGGCCCAGUGGAGGACCAAGUAUGAGACAGACGCCAUACAGAGGACGGAGGAGCUGGAGGAAGCCAAGAAGAAGCUGGCUCAGAGGCUGCAGGAUGCAGAGGAGGCAGUGGAGGCUGUCAACGCCAACGCCUAUGAGGAGUCUCUGGAGCACCUGGAGACCUUCAAGCGGGAGAACAAGAACCUCCAGGAGGAGAUCUCAGACCUGACUGAGCAGCUGGGCUCCACUGGGAAGAGCAUCCAUGAGCUGGAGAAGAUCCGAAAGCAACUGGAGGCUGAGAAGCUGGAGCUACAGUCAGCCCUGGAGGAGGCUGAGGCCUCCCUGGAGCACGAGGAGGGCAAAAUCCUCCGCGCCCAGCUGGAGUUCAACCAGAUCAAGGCAGAGAUCGAAAGGAAGCUGGCAGAGAAGGACGAGGAGAUGGAGCAGGCCAAGCGCAACCACCUGCGGGUAGUGGACUCCCUGCAGACCUCCCUGGAUGCAGAGACGCGCAGCCGCAAUGAGGCCCUGCGGGUGAAGAAGAAGAUGGAGGGCGACCUCAAUGAGAUGGAGAUCCAGCUCAGUCAUGCCAACCGCAUGGCUGCUGAGGCCCAGAAACAAGUGAAGAGCCUCCAGAGUUUGCUGAAGGACACUCAAAUCCAGCUGGAUGAUGCCGUCCGUGCCAAUGAUGACCUGAAGGAGAACAUCGCCAUUGUGGAGCGGCGCAACAACCUGCUGCAGGCAGAGCUGGAGGAGCUGCGGGCUGUGGUGGAGCAGACGGAGCGGUCCCGGAAGCUGGCAGAGCAAGAGCUGAUUGAGACCAGCGAGCGGGUGCAGCUGCUGCACUCGCAGAACACCAGCCUCAUCAACCAGAAGAAGAAAAUGGAGGCAGACCUAUCCCAGCUGCAGACAGAAUCAGUGAAGGGCAUGAGGAAGAGCGAGCGGCGCAUCAAGGAGCUCACCUACCAGACAGAGGAAGACAGGAAGAACCUACUGCGGCUGCAGGACCUGGUAGACAAACUGCAGCUAAAGGUGAAGGCCUACAAGCGCCAGGCUGAGGAGGCGGAGGAGCAGGCCAACACCAACCUGUCCAAGUUCCGCAAGGUGCAGCAUGAGCUGGAUGAAGCAGAGGAGAGGGCGGACAUCGCCGAGUCCCAGGUCAACAAGCUGCGGGCCAAGAGCCGUGACAUUGGUGCCAAGGGCCUGAAUGAGGAGUAGAUCUUGUACUACCCAACUCUAAGGGUGCUCGUGAAGCCUUCAGACCUGGAAGCUUUUGCAACAGCCACAUAGGCAGAAGCAGAAUAAAGCAAUUUUCCUUAAAGCCAAAA